UUCUCACCAUUUGCAUCCAGCACUGGUAGAAGAAUAAAUAUAUGUUAUACCAGAAAACUGUCUCUGCUGGAUGGGGAAAAUGUUGUGGAUGUAGCUGUCAGUUACAAUCAAGAAGGUUCAUACAACAUGCAGAUUCAAGAUAAAACGUUCCUGAUUUCUGGGGAGAUGCUCAAAGAAGGUGAUUCACUUUACUUGAGGUCUUCAGUGAAUGGAACAGUGUGUAAGGCCAAAUUGGUCAUUUUGGACAACACCAUUUACCUCUUCUUUCCGGAAGGGAGUGCUCAGAUUGGCCUCCCUGUACCCAAGUACCUGUCUGCGGUGAGCUCGGCGGGGGAGCAGAGCGGUGCCGUAGCGCCCAUGACAGGCACCGUGGAAAAGGUGUUUGUGAAAGCAGGGGAUAAAGUUCAGAUUGGAGACCCUCUAAUGGUUAUGAUAGCUAUGAAAAUGGAGCACACCAUAAGGGCUCCAAAGGCAGGAGUGAUCAAAAAGGUUCAUUUCCAAGAAGGUGCCCAGGCCAACAGACAUGCUCCGCUGGUGGAAUUCGUGGAUGAAGAAGCCGAGUCCAAAUAAAAUUCAAGGAAGGUGCAUUUUAUUUUUUUCCUACCUUGCUGAUUUUCUCUAAGGAGGAGACUUCUUCGUAUUUUCAGCAGACUGUUUUGUAUAACGGACUGGGGGAUUGGUUUCCUCUGCACCUCCUGGAUAGUUUGACUGUCAAUGAUGCUGCCCUUACUGAAAUUUGGAUAUCACUAUACUGUAAUCGUAUAUAUCACUCGUGGACCUACGUGCUUGGUGUUCAGUGGUUGUGUUUGCCUGUGGAAAGGCAUUUGGUUGGAAAAAACGUGGAACUCCUAAAGGCUGGGAGAGGUUGGUGGGGAGUGAGUUAGAGGCAGGCAGGGCUCCUGUGCCUGCACUGCAUUCAGCACAGCUGCCUUCUUUCCCCACGGUGGGAGAGCGUUGGUCAGAAGGGAACCUGAAAGGUGACAAUUGUUUUAUGAAUCCAGUUAUCUGGAAAAAAAUUCCUGUUUGUGGCUUAUGUUUUUGCCUGAAGAGGGAGUUCAGGUUUGUUCCUUAGCCCAGGAUCCCUCUGUGGCAUUUUUGGUGCAUCUUUUUUCAUAUUUACCUCAAUGAGUAGUGAAAAUUUGCAUUUCAAAAAUUACUUAAUAUACUUUGGAGUAUCUGAUACAAAGCAUUUUUAAAAUGCAUGUUAGCAUUUGCUACACUAAUCAAAGCUGGAACAUAACUACUUUCCAAAAAUAUCGUUUGAUCUUUAAACAUAAGGCAGAAGCACAGAAAGAUAAUAUGCAUAUUUAAUAGUGUGCCAAAAUAAAAUACUGACUUCAAAAUCCUCAUUGCUUUUCCCAUAUUGUUCACAUCCUAAUUUAUUACUUAUUGGCUGGGAUGGAGUAUACCAAAGUCUUUGUAACAACCUGAAAUAUGACUAAGAAUAAUGGUCAGAUUUUUUUGUAUCUGCAGUGUGGCAGAAGAGAAAAUUGGUGGGGUUUUUUGAUACGCAAAGAAAAUAUUUCUCUGACACAACUUAUUGAUCAUUUGCCUUACGUUUAUUUUAACUUUUUUAAAAAACAGCUCGGUAAAACAGGAAAAGAGAAAGGAUAACACGUUUUAAUUGUUGCAAACUCGCAGAUCUUUUUGCCUUCCAGUUAAGGUGAAGCCCUGCUUGUCAUAGGAACCCUUGAUACACCCAUAGAAGCCGAGAGCAGGGUUUGUGCUGCAGAACGGGACACACAGACACUGCAGUGGUCGCAGACUUGUAGUUACCUCUGUGCAAAUGCAUCCUUCUGCUUAUCUGAAAUAUCUGUGCAAAUGCAUCCUUCUACUUACCUGAAAUCUCCUCUCCGAAUCGAUACCCAAUGUCACAGGGGAUCCUGGGAUCUGAUUUUCACUGUGCAGCCUGCCCUGCAAUGCAGGCAAAACCUGUAAAAAAGUACUGGCUCGGGCUGGGCUUGUCUAUUAAAAGCACACAGUAAUACUCUUUAAUUUUCCUUGUGAUCCAACGGCCAGCUGACAAAAAAUUACACUCCAGCGAUCAUCCUGUAGAGUAUUGCCACAGUGGUUUUUAUUUACUGCCAAAUAAAAUCUAAGCUUAACUUUGAA